CUCGCUGCGUUUCGAGGCUGUACGGACAGCGAAUGUCGUCAUGAGCGGUGGGUAGGAAUUCAAACAUUGGCGUUUAUAUUACCUUCUACUUGGUAAAACAUGACAUUUGCGUGGCGCGCCACCAUUCGGCGGCCAGUGGACGGAUAUUAAAAGCGGGCUGCGGCGGCUCGCGUCAAGCCCGAAGCCGCCUCACUUCCUGAAUUGGCUUUCCCUUUUCUCUUUUGCCAUCGAAGAGUUUAACUCGCUAACUACGCGGAUGCUAGCGGCUCCGAGCUAGCUUGGAUAUGCUAACGUGUUAAGAUAAAAUAAGCCAAACUUGUCUCUCCCUUCUCCCAACAAAGCAUUCACCUCGUGUAUUGGGGCUUGUUGUGCGCGUUCAAGCGAAACUUCACGCGAAUUAAAUCGGCUUAGAUUAGCUGUUAGCUACCUGCUGCUGCUGCUUGUACAGUAUUUGGGCUCGUGUGUGUGUGUGUGAGGACAGUGUGCUAACGGCGUUAGCACAAACAAACCGGACAAUCCAGCCGGACGAUGUUGGAGAAUUUUGCAAGUGAAAAUGAUGAUACGUGAAGUGGUGUCAAUGCUGCAAGUGCCCAAUUUCAGUGCUUGUUACUUCUACUACAUCACGUGGACUGUUUUACGGCAAAUGCGGUUAUACGCUUGGAAAUGUUUCUUGAGAAAUCUUUUUGCUGUCUGACCUUCCUGCUCCCUUUCCUCAGUCGCAUUCGAUUCUUUAGCCAUUGGCCACGUGAUUCGAUGAAUGAUGGUCAAGAUACUUGGACCACCCCCCCCCCCUCCUCUCAUAAUGUAGUCAUUUUCGCUCAUAAUCGUAACGAGGGGGAAAGCCCAUUCAUUUCCCGACAGCCCGCUGCACCGGCUUUCUAAACAAGACUUUGUAAACUUGCAUGGGGAAAUCGCUUCAUUUUAUUCUUGCUGGAACCCACUGACCGAGCUAAUGGUGGCGGCGGCGCCCUAAAAAUACGCUUCUUGGAGAAUGCUCAAGACAUCGACAAAAACGAUUCCGAUUCUGACAAACGGCGUCAUUGCAAACAUAUUUAAAGGACAAUAUGGCCACCGUUGUCGCUGUCAGUCCCAGUGAAUAUCUCCAGCCCGCGAGCGCCACCGCACAGGCAGAGGGUCAGCCGUCCCCUCUGGCCCUGCUGGCCGCCACCUGCAGUAAGAUCGGACCCCCCGCUGCCCAGGCCCCCGCCGCCUCGCCGCCGACCCAGCCGCAGCCUCGCCGCCUCCUCCCCAUCAAGCCGGCCCCCAUCGCGCCGGCGCCCCCCAAGAACCUGGGCUUCCUCCAAGCCAAGGGCAACGUGAUCCAGCUGCCGGCCGGCCUGGGCCCCGGCGCGCCCGGCGGCCCCAUCGUGCUCACCAUACAGCAGAGCCCCGGAUGCUCCGGCCCCCAGAGCCCCGCCAACAUCCAGUACCAGGUCAUGCCGCAGAUCCCGGGCGCCCAGACUAUCCAGGUCAUGCCGCAGGGGGGCCAGAUCCAGCUCAUCCCGGGCACCAACCAGGCCUUCAUCACCACCCCCGUGUCCGUGCCGGCCCAGGCGGCCGCCGCCCCCGUCGCCGCCCCCUUCCCGCCGCAAAAGACGGUCGCCAUUAAACCUUCGCCCAAAACGAGAAAGUUGAGCGCUGCCGCCAACGCGGUACAGCUGCCCGGCGGGCUCGCGCUGCCGCUCAACGUGGCGACGGGGGAGGUGGGCGGGGCUCAGAUCGUCACCGAGGCCGCGGCGGCGCACGCCGUCGUGGGCAAGUCUCGACGAGGCAGGAAGAAGAAAGCGACGCCAGACGCGCAAGCGGCGGCGCCGCCGCCGCCCCCUCAGGCUCCUUCGCCACCCCCGGAGCAAUUGGAGACCAUUUUGAUCGAAACUGCAGACAACAUCAUUCAGGCGGGGAACAACCUGCUGAUCGUGCAGAGUCCCGGCCAGCCGGCGGUCGUUCAGCAGGUGCAGCUGGUGUCCUCCAAGCAGGAGCCUCCCGCGGUCCAGAUCCCCCAGCAGGCUUUGAAGGUGGUGCAGGCCGCCUCCGCCUCGCUGCCGCCUGUCCCGCAGAGGCAGUCGCCCGCGCCCUCCGGCCUGCAGGUGCCGUCGCCGGACGCGGUGCCAACGCAGAUCUUUUUUAAGACUGGAGCCGGCGAGUGGCGAUCGGUGCAACUGCAGGACGCCGUCUCCACGGCGACGACCCCCACCACUCCCGUGGCCACCCCGGCCUCGUCGCCCCCUCCCGCCUCCGUGGCCAAGAAGGCGCCGACGGGCGGCAGGAAGGAGCGCACCCUGGCCAAGAUCGCGCCGGCGGGCGGGAUGAUGGCGCUGAACACGUCGCAGCUGCCGUCGGCGACGCAGGCGGUGCAGACCAUCAGCAUCAACGGCGUCCAAGUGCAGGGAGUUCCCGUCACCAUCACCAACGCCGGAGGCCAGCAGCAUUUGACGGUGCAGACCAUGCAGGGCGGCGGUCUCCAGCUGGCGGGCGUGGCGACUCACGUGGACCAGACGCUCACCCUGGAACUUCCCGGGCACGCCGGCGAGAAGAAGAGACGCAUGGCCUGCACGUGCCCCAACUGUAAAGACGCUGAGAAAAGGCCGGGCGACGUGGGCAAGCGGAAGCACAUCUGUCACUUUCCCGGCUGCGAGAAGACCUUCCGCAAGACCUCGCUGCUGCGCGCGCACGUCCGCCUGCACACGGGCGAGCGGCCGUUCGUCUGCAACUGGGUUUUUUGCGGCAAGCGUUUCACGCGGAGCGACGAGCUGCAGCGGCACGCCAGGACGCAUACGGGAGACAAACGCUUUGAGUGCAACCAAUGUCAGAAGCGCUUCAUGAGGAGCGACCAUCUGAACAAGCAUUACAAGACCCACAUAAACACCAAGAACCUGUAAGAAAGCAACAAGACUCCACACUGAAAAGCUGGAGUUUGUCACUUGUCCCAUAAUGGGACCCCCGCCCACCUCCUCCUCUUCCUCAACAACAACAACAACAAAAGCCUCUCUGGUGGGUUGUGUCGCACCAUUUUCAAAGAAAAAGUGGACUGGAGAGAACGCCUCCAACUUAUUUAUGACCCAGUGGCCUCCAUUUUGUGUCCUUUUCCCGAAACGGCCACCGUUUGGUUUGCCGCCACCGGUGUGCGCUUACCUCUCCGAGGGUUAGCGGUUUUAACGCUUGUUUUUACAUUGACAUUUGCCGCUUACUUCUGCUAAGUUGACACCCAGAGUUUCCCCGCCAAGGUCGUGUUGAGGCAACAGUAGAGCCGGAAUCUACUCGCAGAAUUCAGCGCAGGACAGAGAUUUGCAGUUGAGAUGAGUUCCAGAUACCCAAAAAUACCAGAUACCAGAAAUAACCAACGCUGCAUUGGAUGCCGGCUCGAGUGUUUACGAUCUCUAAGACGCCAGUUUUACCGAAUCCUUUGUCAAAGGGGGCUUUUCUUUCACCUCUUAGUCUCACGCCAGUAUUAUGUACAGUACAUUGUUCCAUAUGACAUUUUAAACCGCUUUGUAACCGCAUUAAGCUAUUAAUCAUUUCUACCGCAGUGACGCGACAGUCGCACCGCGGGAUGCAACCUUGCCGUGUGAGAGCGUGAAAUCCACGUCAGAGCACUUGUUGCUACUUUCACGCAGACCUGGUUCAGAGAGACGAAGCCCCCCAAAAGUCGAGCUGGGGCCAACUUGGCUGUGAAAUGGGUGCGCGAAAGGAGAGCGGCAGAGCCUGCUGGCAUUAUUUAUGUUUGUCCACUCCCUCAAUGCUGUAGUGAAGGAGAAGGAUGUUGUACAGUGUGUUGAAAUAGAUGUGUGACAUUGUAUAUUUGCUUCAUUACUGCGUUGUCAAAGAUCUCUAGAGACCCUUUUCUAUCAUAAUAAUAAAAGAUGCCUUAGACAGCGAUUUAAAAUAACCUUCCUUUGUCUUUUAAUUUAUCUUCCUUGCUAACCUCCCAUGCGCCCAUUUGACCAGUCUCCAAAUACACAUUUAAUAUGAAUAGUCUCAUUUUUAACCCUUUCCCGUUGCUCGAUUGUGCUUCAGGAGAAGCCAGUUUAUUUUAUACUGUGUAUAAAUAAAUAAGAAUAUAUGAAA